CUAUGGCAUCUGUGGAUAAUAAUAUAUUUCUUGGUUACAAUGAUUACUCAACUUUGUAUUCUGCAACUGAUUUGGAUCAGGAGGAAUUCUUUCAGGAUACUACAAAGAGCAAUAAUGGAUUUAAAUCUACUGAAAAUCAAAAAUUUUCUGGAUCAGGUAUGCGUCUUGGAACUUCUUCAGGCUAUCAAAGAGGAAGCACAGCAGGAAGACCUGGAACAGGUACGUUGAGACCUAUGACAGCGGUCCGAGGAGCUGGUUACACAAGCGCUUCUCGACAAACAUUCGAUCCCUUAAAUUUGGGUAGCACGAUUCAAAAUUUUCCUCUAGAAACUGAAAAGGAAGAGACGCCAGAAGAAAAAAUUAAGCAAGCUGAGCGAAGAAUAAUGACUUUAAUUGAAGAAUCAGCAAAAGCGGGUUGCGAAAAGAAUGUAAAAGUUGCUUUAGAACGAGCGAGAGAAGCUUCCUCAAGAGAACGCGUUCUUAUUAGGCUUCAAGAACAGGCUGGAUUGAGCGAUAGUCACAACAUUGAUCUGACAUUUGCUGUUAUUUUUAAUCUUGCUUGCCAAUAUUCCAAUAAUGAAAUGUAUACCGAGGCAAUAGCAACGUAUCAAGCUAUUACAAGGAAUAGAAAUUUUAGCAACAGUGCCAGGCUAAAGGUUAAUAUAGGUAAUAUAUACGUGAAAAUGGGUCAACUAUCUCAAGCCAUAAAAAUGUAUAGAAUGGCUUUGGAUCAAACAACCAAUGCACAAAAAUAUUUAAGGAUAAAAAUUAUGCACAAUAUUGGAAUGCUUUUUGUUCGAAUGGGUCGACUUGAAGAAGCAGCUAAUAGCUUUGAAUGGGUAAUGAGAGAGAAACCAGACCUUAAAGCUGGAAUGCAUGCAAUUCUAUGUCACUUCGCUCUUUCCCAGGAAGAUAAAAUGAAAAAAGGUUUUCUCGAGUUACUGGAUGUUCCCCUACAUAUAGAUCAUGAUGAUAAGUACUCUAUUAAUACGGAUGAUAUUGCAUCAAAUAUUUUGAACGAAACAGUGAAAAAUGAUGAUUUAUCGAAAUUAGAGCGCGAAUUAAAAGUUAAUGCUGAAAAGACAAUUCUCAAUGCAGCUAAUUUGAUAGCUCCUGUUAUUGAAGAAACACUUGCUGGUGGAUUUGCAUGGUGCGUAGACGCAAUUAAGUCCUCGGGCUAUCAUUCACUCGCUGCCAAUUUGGAAAUUAAUAAAGCAAUGGUAUUUCUUUAUAAUCGCGAAGUACGCAUGGCCAUAGAAUCAUUAAAAAUUUUUGAAAAUCAAGACACAAAAAUCAAUAGUUCCGCAUCUACAGUGCUAUCUUUUAUACACUUUCUUCGCGGUGAAUAUGAUUUAGCAGAAAAGUAUGGCGAGGCCGCCAGAAUUGCUGAUAAUUAUAAUACGGCUGCUUACGUAAAUCUAUCAGCAUGUUCUAUUGUAAAAAACGAUUUACAGUCUGCAAAAGAAUAUUUAUUAUGCGCACUAGAAAACGAUCCCAAUCAUGUUCAAGCACUUUAUAAUUUGGGUUUACUAUAUAAAAAGAAAAAUAUGUUUGAACAAUCUCUGGAAUGUUUUUGGAAACUUAAAAAUAUCGUUAGAUACGAUCCUCUAACAUUGUAUCAAAUUGGACAUGUUAGUCAACUUAGCAACAAUGUGGAACAGUCAUCAGAAUGGUACAAUCAACUUCUUGGUAUAAUAUCCUCUGAUCCAGGAAUAUUACAAAAGUUAGGCGAAAUGUAUGAUAAUGUUGGGGAUAAACAACAAGCCUACCAAUAUUACAGUGAUUCAUAUUCAUUUUAUCCAGCAAAUUUUGAUGUAAUCAAUUGGCUUGGCUCCUACUUUAUUUCAAUGCAGGUUCCUGAAAAAGCGCUUGCUUAUUUUAAAGAAGCGGUGGAAUUAGCUCCUAAUGAACCGAAAUGGAGAUUGCUUGUGGCAUCGUGUUUAAGGAGAGCAGGACAAUUUCAUAAAGCAUUUACUGAAUAUCAAGAUAUACAUAAGAAAUUUCCUGAUAAUAUCGAAUGCUUAAAAUUUUUAAUUAGACUGUGCAAUGAUUUGGGUCUGAAAGAAGCUCAAACAUAUGCCAUUGAACUACGAAAAUUAGAAAAGACAAAGGAAAAUAAAGAUGGACAUGGCUCGGGAAAAGCAGGAACAAGCAAUUCAAGACAAAGUAAUAGCGGCACAUCAUCUAGAGGUGGAUCGGAAAUGAGCACAUUUUCAGAACACCAAACAAGUCCUGCUUUGCACGAGCAUAAUUUUCAACAUGGUGAUAAUACUCAUUUUAGUCAUCACAUUUUAACCGACUCAUUUGACGUCACUACAGAAUCUAGUGUACUCGAUACGCAUUACGUUGAUCCGGUUGGAUCACUACCAACUCGACCAAUGACAGCAGCAGGAAAAAAAGACUCUGAUUUUGGUGACGAACAAUUGGGGGUAGAUCUAUUACCUGAAUAAGAUUAUAUACAUAAUAAACUAUACUGUUUUU